AUGAGAGCAAGAUUGGUGGUGUUUCCAGUGAAAGGAAGAAACUGGUGCUUUGGCAGAUCAAUAGACCGUUCCGUGGAAGAGGCAGCCUCUUCCCACACCCCUUCCACUCUCAAACACCUUUGGAAAAAGAUCUCUUCUUCUUCUAACUCCAGUACCAGUAAUGUGGAACUUGUUAUAGAUUAUGCUUCCAAUAAGAUGAAUAAAGCAUGGACGGGUCUAGAGAAGGCUCCUGAGGGCACUUUCAAGAAUAAGCUUUAUGGUUUAAAUGCACGCCUUGUGCGUCGAAGGUUGCGACACAUUGCCACGAGGAAAUAUUUCUAUGGUUCAGUUACGCUACUUCCAGUGACAAGUGCAUUAGCUGUCUUGCCUCUACCCAACAUCCCAUUCUUUUGGCUCUUAUUCCGCAGUUAUUCCCACUGGCGAGCUCUUAAGGGAAGUGAGAAGCUUCUUCAGCUUGUGUCAGAUUGCUCAUAUGCUGAGAAUUCAGCUGUUUCAAAUGCCAAGGGAAGCGAGCCUGAGAGUGAGGAAUCUAAGCAUAAAUUCCACAGUUCACAAGAUUCUCUAUGGGUGCUGCAACCAUCGAAGGAGCUGGAGGAACUUCUUAAUAAGUAUGCAGAUGAAAAUGGCCUCAAUGACUGCACAAUUUCAGAUAUUUGCAAGACCUUUAAUCUGAACGCAAAAGAUGUUUCUAAGUUUAGACAUUCAAUGUAG